AUGGACUAUAGUGAUCAAUUCACAACUUAUUCGAUAUUCAAUGGUAGAGAUGCAUUACUUCGAUGGGCUCGUGAACAAGGAAAAUUGAAUAAUAUUGUCAUUGUAAUUAAAAGGUCUGAUUAUGGAGGUGAGGGCAAGAGGAGAUCUCGUGUAAUACUUGCUUGUGAGAGGAACAGUAACUAUAAGUCUUGCAAGUCUAGUGAGACAACUGAUAUAAGGUCGGAUGCAAAUAGUGAUAUGAAAAAAUGUGCUAGGGACACUGGUACCAAGAAAUGUGGAUGCCCAUUUUUGUUAAAAGGUGUCAAUAUUGGUGAUGGGGAUGAUUGGAAGUUGGAGGUGGUUUGUGGAGUACACAACCAUCCUAUUUCAGAGUAUCUUCAAGGUCAUUCAUUUGUGGGGCGACUUACUGAAGAGAAGAAUGCCUUGUUGGUGGACAUGUCUAAGAGUUUGGUGAAACCCAGAGAUAUUUUGGUCACCAUUAAAGAUAGAGAUGCAAUGAAUGUUUCAACUAUGAAGACAAUAUACAAUGCUAGGAUCCGAAAUAGAACCAAAGAAUUUGCUGGGAGAACCCAGAUGCAACAAUUGCUUACUAAGUUAUCCGAACACAAUUAUAUUGAGUGGUAUAAGACAUCUGGGGUGACAUAUACUAAUAUGACAUUCUCUAUUGCGUAUGUGUAUAUGAAUGCCGAGAAGGAAGACAAUUACACAUGGGCAUUGACUGUGUUGAGGAGUUUGUUGGAUGAUAAUUGUCUUCCUGGUGUUAUUGUCACCGAUCGAGAGUUAGCACUCAUGAAUUCUAUUACGUCUAUAUUUCCGAAAGCACAACAUUUAUUAUGUAGAUGGCAUAUUAACAAAGGAGUGUUGGCAAACUGCAAGAAGUUAUUUGGGACCCUCAAACAAUGGAAGCAAUUUAAUGAGGAUUGGAAUACUUUGGUUGGUUCAGAAACGGAGGAGGAAUAUUGGCGUUGUUUGCGACAGAUUGAGUCUAAGUUCAGUGAAUUUCAAAAAGCUCUUGAAUACAUACAUGAAAAUUGGUUAAAUCCAUUUAAGGAUAAGUUUGUGGCCGCAUGGACAGACACUUGUAUGCAUCUUGGAUCGACGAUCUCAAAUAGAGCGGAAAGUGCACAUGCAAAGUUGAAGCGACAGCUCCGCUCAAGCCAACUUAACUUUGAGAGAUCAUGGGUAACUAUACACUCAUUGUUAGAGCUAGAGCACACAGAGAUUAAGGCAUCUUUUGAAAAGAGUCGAUGUUUUAUUCAACAUAGGUUCAGGCAUCCGGAGUUGAGAGAGUUAGUAGGUUUUGUUUCUAUAAAGGCUUUGAGUGUAAUUGUGUGCGAGUUAGAAAGGUUAGAGACAGAUGGGGUGGAUGCUUUAUCAUGUGGUUGUGCUAUUCGUCGAACCAACCAAUUACCAUGUGCACAUGAAAUUGCGGAGUAUAGAGAGCAUGGUGUACCAAUACCACUUGAUGUCGUGCAUUCACAUUGGAGGAAAUUAGAUAUCAUCAAUAUAGGAAACAGUAGUCAUGGCACAACUUCACCAGGAAGGUCACAACUACAAAGAUUCAAUAUGUGGUAUGAACAACAAGAUGGUGAGAAGAAGAGACAAGCCCACAUGACACUAGAGGAGCUAAUGAACCCUGGUUCUACUGCACUUAUUGAACCAAAAGAGAAGUUGAAGACCAAAGGGAGACCGAGAAAAGUCGACACUUCUACUCGUUGUUUGCCAUCUGCAUUUGAGAUUGCUAAGGCCUCCAUUGCUCUACCUAAAAAUAAACCAAAGCAAAGCCUCACUACCUCACUCAAAAUAAAACCGAAGCAAAGUACCAUUGCAGUGCCAAAAAAAGAAACUUGGUUGCUUCUACUUUAUAAGCCUCGCGAAUACCAAUCAGCGUUCGAUACAUAUAUGCAUAUAGAGAAAUUCCCAAGAGGAGCAACCACUGCACCAGACACAGGAAUGCCUAAAAUAGAUGACACAUCAUCCAAUGUGAUGGUCAUCUCACCAAAAGACAUGUGA